GAUAAGUUAUCUAACACUAACAGUCACCAAUGUGGAUGCCUAACACUGCACAGAUUUGCCCUGGUAAUGAUGGCCCAAGGGAUAUCACAUCUUGCACACUUUUUGGGUUAACUCCUUAGGGACAGUAGGGGAAAACAUUCACUUCAAUAAUUUCACUGGAGAGUACUUUGAUGAGAAAUGCCAAUCAAUUUAAUUUCCAUGCCCUCCCCUCACGUAACUUGGCAGUGAGUACUGUGUUACUAAACCCAAGUGUGUUACUGAAUGCACAUACACCACAAUAUAAUAAUUUGAUUGAGUGCUGCAUAUUAAAAUGGGAAUGUGAAGUAGUGUAUUUAAAUUGUGCUUCUGGGUUUAUAUAAUUUCUUUAUGAACAGAAAAAAAUGUGGGCAUUUCAGACACCAUCAAUGCAAUGAAAACUGAAAGGUUAGAAGGGUUAUUGCUUAGAUUCUCUGUAAAGGUUUCUUUUUAAGGGCAAAAUAGUUUGACCUUCAGGUAUUUUUAUGUUCUGGAGAUGUCCCUAGGUAAUGAGAAUAUUUUCCUGUUGUUGUUAAACUUACCAUUAUGUUUAUCUAUUUUACUAGCUCUUAACCUUUUGAAGGGUGAAUUGUAGUGAGAAAUAGAAGAGUUCAAAUAAUCAAAAGAAUAGAAGCCUCUGUUUUGAGUAAAACUAAACACAGACAUACUCUGUCUUUUAAGGAUAUGAGAGUAGUUUGAGAGAGACUGAGAAAUUAUUCGUUUUCUAUAAAUUCAUUGCAAAAACACCACUAGUUCCAAAUAUGUUUUAUCAAUGUGUGAAAUUAAUUUCAUUUACUGCUUGAAAGAUGUCAUCUCUUCCCCAUUGCACAGAACCCGUUGCACCCAAUAUCCCCAUUGCACAGAACUUAGUGGCGUUAAAUUUUGGACUUUUUGUUACUGUUCCCAGAAAUGGACCACUUUUUCAUUUGUGUCUGACAAACAUGCCCUAUCUCGUGUUUGUUUCCUAGCAUACAUCUGAUCUUUGAAAACAUAUUAUGAGUGUUUUUUUAUAUAAACUAAUAAGCUUAAAUUUUAGAAAUCUCAUAUCAAUAUUAAUUAAAAUAUCAAUAUGGCAAUGAAAUAGAAAAUUCUUUCAUCAUCGUUUUACUUCAGUAAAAUAUCCCAAUUUCAUAACCCUCAGCUUUUCAGGCAGGCAUUGUCCAAAACAGAUGUUCUGUGGGGUUUCUAUUAUUGUUUAUUUCUAAACUGUAACCCACUAGGGAUUUUUGUUUGGAUAAAAUAGAUUUUUCUCUUCAGCAGCUGGAAAGACAGGAAAUAGAAGUAGAAACCUCUCACUGAAAUGUGUAGAUUGGAGCUUAUAAGCCAGUUACUUAAGACUUAGGCAAUGCCUAGCCUUUGUAUAAAGUUUGUGUUUCAGAUUAUUUCUAUUUCUGCAGCACCCUAUUUCCAAAGUUUUGGUUUUUUUUUAAUGUUCACUUUUAACCCUCUUCAUUUGAGCAGCCAUGUCUGAAUUUGGUUUUGGCCUUAAAUUGUAGAGUCCAUUUGUUGUCCUGAGUGAGGAUUUUCCAGAUUUGUCGUUUAGUUAAUCCACAGCAACUGGAAAAUAUCUGUCCUACUCUUAGUCAGUCUUCAAAAAAUCUGUCAUAAAAUAUGUAUUUUUCUUUCUCACAUGUCAUAAAUAUAUGUAAAGCAUACCUGCAGAUCUAUCUGAUGGAAUAGAAACCCAGGAUGCCUGUGUUAAUUUAAAUAAAAACUCCAUAGCUAACCCGACUUUGGAGAUGCCACCUGCACCAGAAUUUCCAUCCACACCUUUACCACCUUUGAGUGGAAACAAUGCUAGUCCAGAACCUGCAGCCGCCCUUUUGCCGAUAGCAGAUUCCCACCCUGGCAGUGUCCCCUCUCCCAAACUUUCUGAACAUAUUGCUGCUCCAGUUCCUGCAAGGGAGAUAACGGUGCCUGCUCCAGAUGCAGCGAGCUCUUUUCCGGCAGAUGAAGCACCUCCUGUCCCCAAGAUGUGUGCUGUGGCCACACAGACCAUCGAGUUCCCUCUGCCUGCUGACCCAGCUGGAGGGCUGCCUCCUCCAGCCCUGCAUGUGGGAACAGCCCUCGGGCUGCCUCCUGCCCUUGCCAGGCAUGAAGCAUCUCUGCUUACUUGUGAAACAAAUCCUUUCAAUAAAAUCUCAAGUUUUCAGUCUAAAUCAUCUGUAAGUCAUACAAGCAUCUGCACUGCAAAAGUAAUGCUGGAAGAUCCUUCGGGAAAUCUGCCAAUCCUUGGACCCUCUCCUCCUCCAGUUCUUUCUCCUUUUGAGCAGAGAUCAAAAAUUAAGAGCAUGGCUGCUGCUGCAGUGUCUGCUGCUAUUGCUGUCCGGGCCAGACUCCAUGAGCCUAGUGCCUACCGCUCGCUGCUGGAUGCCCUGCUCAUCACACCCGUCGCUAAGCCUCCUCUGCAGGCCACCGCACCCUCCAGGAAGUCCACAAGCGCUCUGGAGUUGCCAAAGAGCCAGAGUGAUUCCCUGGAAGCUGCCCAGCCUGCCCCGGUGAGGAGCGUCCCUUCCUGCCAGGACAACGUGGAUGUGAGACCUGCUCCUGCCAACACCACACCUGCUGCAGUCCUCAAGCCAACGGCACCCCUGGGUUCUGCCAAGGGCUGGCAGCCUCCAAACCAAGCAGCUCCUGUCAGUGGAUGGGCAUCAAACAGUAUUAAAUCACCUGGAACAACUGCCCCGAGUGAAAAGCCUGCAACAACACCGCAGCUAAAUGAGCAAGACACGUUGGUUCAGCGAGCGGAGCAUAUUCCAGCGGGGAAGCGCACUCCCAUGUGUGCACACUGCAACCAGGUCAUUAGAGGACCCUUCUUGGUGGCUUUGGGAAAGUCAUGGCAUCCAGAGGAGUUUAAUUGUGCCCACUGCAAAACCUCCAUGGCAUACAUUGGAUUUGUGGAAGAGAAAGGGAUGCUGUAUUGUGAGGUCUGCUAUGAGAAGUUCUUUGCCCCUGAGUGUUCAAAGUGCCAGAGGAAGAUCCUUGGGGAAGUAAUAAAUGCUUUGAAACAAACUUGGCACGUUUCCUGCUUCGUGUGUGUGGCCUGUCAUAACCCCAUCCGCAAUAAUGUCUUUCACUUAGAAGAUGGUGAUCCCUACUGUGAGACGGAUUACUACGCCCUCUUUGGUACGAUGUGCCACGGCUGUGAAUUCCCCAUUGAAGCUGGAGACAGGUUUCUUGAAGCCCUGGGCCACACUUGGCAUGACACUUGCUUUGUAUGCUCUGUAUGUAGUGACAGCUUGGAGGGCCAGACUUUCUUCUCCAAGAAGGACAAGCCACUGUGCAAGAAACACGCCCACUCUAUCAACAUCUGAUACUUGUAGCUCAUCUUGUGUAACAAAUGUACUGAGCAGAAAGGUUAAAAUGUCCAAUAAUUGGUUAAAAUUAUUUAUAUACAAUUUUUCUAAAAUGGAAGAGAGAUGUGGAAACUUGAAGAAGGGAUUGUACACUAAUUUUUCAGAGUGUUUAUCAUUUACAAUUUUGCUUCAUAAAAAGAAAGGUAUCAGGAAUUGCACCCAAGACAAACAAUUAGAGUGUCUUUAUGCUACGCACAUUACUGUUUUACAUGAUUUUAUGACCACAUUUAUAUCAGUUUCAUUAUGAGAAGUGAAGUAUCUAUAAAAGUAAAUGCCUGAUAUUAGAAGUCUCAGUCUUGCUGCUAUUCAACAAAUAAAAGGAGAUUGGAUUCAGCAAUCCAGAUAACAUUAUUUUGGUGAUGUUUUUAAAGCAUGUCCAAAAGUAUUGCAGCUAAACUCCAAUAAAAGGAACUCAAAGAUAAGAUUAGAUAAAAUAUAUGGUUCCAAAACUUAUUUUUUUUAACCUGAUAUUCAAAUACAGACAACCUCCUACACAACUACAUGUACCUGUGCCUUUGCACUUAAAUUUCCCAUGUGUUUGUCCCAAGGGAUAGAGGUUUUUCCAAAGCAUUUAAGUGGCUAUGCUGGUGAAAAAUAAUAUUUAGAAGAUGCCACUUAACAGAAAAUAUAAAUGAGAUACUUUUCUGUAACUCAUGUACCUACCAGAACACUAGCCAAAACCCUCUGCUGCUGGGGGUGUGUUUGAUAGGAUGAAAAUGUCAGAUCACAUCUUAAAGGAACUGGGAUUUCCACUCUUCUGUUUGCAGUUCAGGUUUUAGGUAGUUUUAAGUGCCUUGGAAAGGGGAAAUUGUGCUGAAUCUGCAGGUAACAGUGUUUUGUGUCCAGAAUAUGAGAUCCUGGUGUUGAAAGAGGGAAGCUGCUGAAGUGCAGCUGAGGACAUUGGUUUUUUCUCAGUACAUUCUUUACCACGUAGCUCAUGAAUAUGUAUACUGGUGGUGUGCCAGGUAGCAUACUGAAAACUUAAACUUUCUUGCUCAGCUGUUAUAAUUUUUAUUAGUUUAGGUUUUAUGUUUCUCUUUUCUUCCAAAUGUAGGGAAUGCAUUGAAAAAUGAUAAUCCACUGGUUUAAGCAGCUCAGUACCUCUCAGAUCUUGCAAGGGAGCAGAGAGACAAUGCUGUCAUUACGCAUUUGCCAUGAGCCAGAUCAGCCAUUCUGUGGCUUGAUACAAAUUUUGCAUCCACACAGAGAGGCAGCACAAGACCAGCUCAGUCCCCCUUAGCCUUAAAUUAGGGUUUAACUGGUUUAAUUGGAGCAAUUGCAGGCAGCCAGGGAUGAAUUUCCUUCAGCAGAAUUGCGCAACAGAGAAGGGGGCUCUCGGGACCAGAGCAGAUUCCUGAAGGAAACUGAAUUUACUUGCUGUUUGAUUCAACUGGGGUGUCAUAAUGAAAAGAAUGUUAGUCUUUAGUGCUCUUUCUAGUAGACAUUAAAAAUAACCAUUUACUGGUUUUGUUGUUGUGGAGUGGAUUUUUUUACUGAUUCAACAAAUGGUUUUAUCCAUAAAACCGUGGAUAAAAAAGUCAUAAAAAUUUGCCACAGUUGAGUAAAGCAAUUGUAACAAGGAACAUCAACAAAAGAGGAGGAAAGAAAACCAAAAUUGCUGUACUGAAAUAUGAAAAAAUACUUGGCUUUUUAUUAAUUUGGUGAGACAGGUUCACAUUGUGGGGCUGUUUCACUUUAUUUCCUGAAGUUGUUUUUAUUCAAUAUUACCACAUUUCUUUCUUAACUCCCAGUGGUACAGAAGAAAUUUGGUAAAUUUGAUGAAUGUUGGUAAAUAAGAAGAAAUUUGGUGGUACGGUAUAAAGUUGUUUAAAAUGUUUACACUCUUGUAGAUGUACCCUUUUGUGAGUUUGGCUGAAAAUCAGAAGGGUGGAAGCAGACUGGACAAGAUACAAUAACAUAUAAGCCAGGUUACUUUUAAAAUUAAGUGGAAUGUGGAGAAAUGAGACCUACAGACUGGGUUUCAGUGGAGUUUUAUUGCACAUGUGUGAGGGAAGAGGGAGGGAAAUGCACAGAAAAAGGCUUUCCAUAAUUUCUGCGAUUCAAACCUUGCAGUUUUAACGUAGGAUAAAAACUUCUCAGUUUGUCAUUGUCCUUAAAAUCCAAUUAAAUUUUGUUUACCCUCAUAAUUUUAAUUGGAAUUUUAUUUUUUAAUCCAUAUGCUCUGGGGUUUGAAAUUUUGCAGUUGUUAAUGAAUUUGAGGACAAAAGCCUGAAAGGCUCCAAUAGAACUGCUUCAUUUAGCUGCUUUGCCUUUUAAUUUCUGCUUUUAUCUAUUUGUUUAAAAUUUUAAAGGAAGCAUAUAGUCACUGAUAGAUAAUGAAUAUUUAAUGGCUUUACCAAAUUAUAUAAAUCAAUUAAAAGGAACAUAAUUUUUAUCGUUAUUUUAAUAAGUGAGAUUUUAGUAGAGCACUUUAUAAUAAUGCCAUAUAUCUCACUGAAUAUUUAUUACCUUUUUUGUUGUUGUUGUUUAGAACUAUUUCAUCCUGGUAUUCUUUUGUUUUAUUUGUAAGCCUGCCUUUACCUCUAGAAUCUUUUGGGGUCUGAGUGUAUGUGUUUAAAUAUACUUCUUUCUACAUGCACACAUAUGCCUGUGCAUUGAGAGAUAAUAAGGAUAUAUGUGUAUUUGAAUGCAGACUUAACAUAGCAAAAAAUCAUUUGGGGAUUUUGUGAGAUUCCCAACUGUUUUUCACACAACACACAUAUAGCAUUCAUGUUAUAAGGGAAUGUUACAGAGUCAAGACAGAUAUAUUAGUAACCUAACUACUGUAAAUCUUUGCAUGCAUUUUCAAUCAGUCAUUGUUUUUCUUCCAAAGCUGCCUGUGGGAGAAUUUGGCUUAACUCUGUUUGAAGGUGAAAUGUCUUUAUAAGUGAAUAAUUGAUCCAUGAUGACAGUUUCAGUAUGUUGUAAUGAAAUAAUUCAGGAUUACAUAUAAAUAUAAAUGCUUAAUAUAACAAUGCCAUAAACUUAAAAGCAGGAGUUGAGUUGUGGUUCAGUGUGUGUUGGUCUGUUAAUUGUGUACCUAUUUCUUCAGAGCUACUUGCAUCAUCUAGCCAUGUCAGCUGCUUUGCAAACAUUGUUUUGUGCUAAACUACCAGCUGUUAAAUCCUGGUGAUUUCUUUGCUUGUGUUUAAUAACCUUUGGCAUUAAAUUUUGGCUGUUCACAUUUGCAAAUUUAAUUAUAAUUGAAAAACAUAACAAGCAAAUAAACCCUACUCAAAACCUAAAA